AUGGCCUCUGCUCUAUUCUUCACUUGUCUGACAUGUUCAAUGUUCUUGCUCACUAUUCCUUGUUAUGUUGCUAAUCAGAAAGUUACUCUCUCGCUUUACUAUGACUCUUUGAGCACAUCUUGUGCAACCUUCAUUGUCAAGAAUCUUGCUAAGAUUUUCGAUGAUGAUCUCAUCACCAUUCUCAAUCUCAGACUGGUUCCUUGUGGUGAUGCAUACGCCAACAAAUCGAACAAUAGCACCGCUUUCUGUCAGCAUAAGCCAGAUGGGUGUAAGUUGGAUUCUCUGGAAGCAUGCGCUAUCGAUGUUAUGCAUGAUGUGAACAAGCACUUUGCUUUGAUUUACUGCAUAGAAUUUCUGGCCAUAGAGGGAAGGCACAAGGAGUGGGAAACUUGCUUCAGUUCAUUGGGACUGCCUAAGAAACCCACUUUGAAUUGCUACAACAGUUCAAAUGCAACAAAGCUUGAACAAAACUAUGGCAAUCAAACCAUGCACCUCAAUCCACCUCUAAAGUUUGUACCAUGGCUGGUUCUGAACGAUCAACCUAUUGGAAAUGACUAUGAAAAUUUUGCUGGCUAUGUGUGCAAGGCUUACAAAGGUAACAUUGUGCCCAUGGCAUGUCAAUCUGUGCAUUUGAAGCAGAAGACAGAAUAGACACACUCCACCCAAGUAAUCAAAUCAACCAGAAUCAAGCCUCAAUCCAGGAUCAUUAAUCCAACCAAAGUCGAUAUCUUUACCAGAAAAUCAGAUUG